AUUUAUCUACUGGCUAAAAUCUCAACACGGCCUUUCUUUUUUGCAUUCGGUUAUAGCCAGCAGCGUCCACUAUCCAAUCUAGGCCAGGAAAGAACUACAUUUUAGCCCCGUAGUCUCUAAGGUAAGCACGUACUUAUUAGCUACUAACUACAUAGGUAAAUAUAACUGACACAGGAAGGAUAUUGAACUCGUCCCAAGUAAAACCUGUUUAGCAUGGUGGCGAGGUCGGGGAUUCAUGGUUUAUGUAGAGACUUUCGAACAAAUAAAAAAAUCGUUGCUAUAUAGCCAACAUUUCUAUUAGGCCACGGAUAUCUGUAGAGGGAGGCCUAUAGAGAGUGUUAUGGUAGAUCGCAAGACGAUAACCAAUCUCCUGUCUAAUAUAGGCAAAUACUUAAGUCCGGACACUGCGGCUUGGUAUGCCGACCAUGGGAUUCCAUACCGUCGCAGCUACCUAUUUUCUGGCCCACCAGGUACGGGCAAAUCGUCUAUGUCAUCCGCAAUUGCCCGCCACUUCGGCCUUGAGCUAUGCGUGGUGACAAGUUUAAAAGGCAUCGAGCCCCGCCAACUCGACUCGCUUUUUCAUAUGGCCCCCCCAUGCUGUAUCAUUCUGCUUGAAGAUAUCGAUUGCGCUGGUGUCGGGCAAAGACAAGGAGACGCAGAUUCGUCGGGGCAGUCAAAAGAGAUACCACUAUCUGAACUGCUCAAUCUCAUCGAUGGACCAAAUGCUCGAGAGGGGCAUAUAUUAAUUAUGACAACGAAUCACCCCGAAAACCUAGAUGACGCCCUGGUACGAGCUGGGAGAGUAGAUCUUCAUGUCGAAUUUAAGAAUGCAACUAGAGAACAGGUGGAGGAAAUUUUCAUUGCAAUGUACACGCGGCAUGGAAGCAUCGCUACGGAUCUGGAUGGUGUGGCGGAUAUGGCCCAGUUGAAGACACUUGCACAACAAUACAGUUCAAAUAUCCCGAAUGGGCAGUUCUCACCCGCUCAGAUUCAAGGCUUCCUUCUCAACCAUAAGAAGACACCUCGUUUGGCAAUAAUGAAACCGAACGAUGCGGUAGUAACAAUAUAGGCAUGCUCUUCUAGGAGCCCUCAAAAGAUACAUGUAAGUUAGACAAUUCAAAAUUGAGAUAACAUCUAUUUAUGAUUGAGUUGAAAGCAACUGCAGCUUACUCUAGGUAAUUUAGGUA